AUGAUUUAUUCUCAGUAAGCACAAUAAGAAUACAAAGAAAUGGGAUUACAAGUAUUUGAUGCAUCUGAUCAGUCUUUAGCUCAAAUACAAUAAGUGAAAACUAGGUUAAACCAGGUAUUUUAUGGAGUUAUUUUAGGAACGAUAAGAAUAUAUGCUUUUUAUGCAAGAAUCCAUUGUAGAUUGUCUAAUAUAUGGAAAUCAUGAGAUUGAUGAUGAUGUAAAGACUUUUUAUAAUAUCAGUAGGUUGUUUAAAAGAUAAAAAAUAUAUGUUAAAAAAUGAUUUUCAAACCCUUAUGGAAUUAUGAGGAUUUGGUUGUAGAAUUCGAACAAUAACUAGAGAUCUUGACACGUAAGCAUACACAUUCUAUUUUGAAUAUUUUAGACGAUUAUAUCGUAUUGAAUUAAGUCAAAUUAAUCAUUUCCAGUUUUGAUGCAUAUUACUAAUACAAGUUUAAUUAAAUAAGUACACAGUGUCUAGAGACAUUGAAAAGUCUAUGUUCUACCGAGAUUAAGUAAUUAAAGAGAAUGAAUCAUUAUAUUGAAGGUAUUUAUAAACAAUAACCAAAGUACAAGAAUUGAUUCCUAACUAAUCAGAUAGAGUGGAAGAGAUAAAUGAACUGCUUACAACAAUAAUGUAGUAUAAUCUUAUUAUUUAAUGUUAGAGUACAAGAUAAUACACUUUCUAUGGAUUUCUGGAACUAUUCUCUAUACUUAUUUAUGAGCAUAACAUAACAAGAUUUAUAAUAUUAGGACAAAAAAUAGGAUGUCGAUGUUAUUUUGAUUGAUACAUAUGGGAUCAAUCAAGAAGUAGCAAGAAUUCUAUUUUAGCUAAUGUAUGAUUAUGAAGUUAUUUUGCCUCAACUCUUAUCUGCAAUUAACAUAACAAAGGGCAAUUUAUAACAUGUAAGAAAUUCUACAUUAUCUAUUAAAUUAGGCUUUAUCUAAUAUAUACGAUUUGCAAUUUAAAAUGAUAGACUAGUUGAAUCCAUUCACUUUGAAGGGGAAGGGAAUAGUUUGUUAUCAGAAUGAAGGAUUUCCAGGGAAUGAAUUUAUAUGUUUUUACUUUGGUGAAGUUUACACUCCUUAAAGGUGGUUUGAGAAAUAAACAAUAUUUCACAAGAGAAUGUAGGAUGGGAAUCGAAAGACAUGUUCUUAAAGUCCUUAUGCUGAAUUCUUUAUAAAUGAUGAUCUUUUGGUAAUGUUUCAAAAUUAUUUUAAGUUUAUUGACCCAACUAGGUAUGGGAAUAUGGCUUAACACAUUUCAUAUUCAUGUGAUCCUAAUUGUAGAUUAAUCACAGUGAUUGUAAAUUAGCAGAAUUUAUUGGCUGUUAUCACAUCUAGAAAAAUAAAUUACUUAGAAGAAUUAACUUUGCCUUUCCCUUAAACUUCUCUAGAUCUAUGUUUAUGUGGAUCAAUACAUUGCAAACGAAAAUAAUAUCUAGAAGUUGAAAAUAGUCAUCAGUUUAGCAUUUAUCCAAAUUAUAUAUAAAGAAAUGUAAUUUUACUGUAAUCCACUCUAAUAUCAUGCCAAAAUAUAUAAAAUGAUAUACCUGAGUGGUUAACUAAUUGGUAGAAGCUUAAUUAUCAAUAGAAUAACAUUAACAUUCUAUCCUGUGUUGAUAAAGUCAAAUUUGCAUUAUAACAUUUAAAGACGAUAUAACCGCCUAUUUUUCUAGUAACGAACAUUUUCAAUUAAUUCUGGAAGAAUUAUGAAAUUAAUACUCAUAAGAGUUAAUUAGAGUCCUCAAUAAUUAAUGAAAUAGUUGUUUUCCUAAAGAGACAUUAAUAAUUACAUUAAUGUUGUAUAGGAUUGGAAAUAAUAAAAUAGAUGAAGUAGAUUAUUGAUUAAAAUAAUGACUAUACUCUGUAACUAACAAGAAUGUUAUUUUUAUUAUUGAGUGAGAUUAUUUUGAAUAUAGAAUCUUGUUCAUUCAAUAGUAAAGCAUUUGCUACUAUCCUAUACUUUAUGUCAUUCACUCACACAUACUUUUCAUCAACCUAAUAUUAAGGAUUUGAUGGAAAUCCCUUUUAAGAAAAUGAAUUCGAAUACAUUCCUUAACCAAAAAAUAAAUCUAAAUUAUCAUUAUCUAAACAAUAUACACCUUAAUUCAUUUGGGGUUAAUUAAUCAAUUGGAAUAAGUAAACACUCUAAAAUCCUUAAUCAUCUAUGGCACAAGAGAGAAGAGGUGUUUUAUGUUAUCCCUCAUUGUUAUUAUCAUUUGAUAAUAAACAUAAGACAUUUCCAUAUUAAUGUAAGACUAGAGAGAAAUAUUUGGAAUAUUUUUAAUUAAAAAAAGAGAUUCAACCUGAUCUAUCAACCUGGUCAUACAAAAAUUAACAUAAGUAUUAAUUUAAAUCUUAUUUUAGCAUAUAUGGUACAAUAUUUUUUGAAUAAUACUUCUCAUUACAUAAAAUAGGAGAAGAUUUCAUUAAUCAAAUAUGUAAAUUAGGUAUGUAAACAUUUGAAAAAAAAUUUCAAUAUUGGUUGCAUAUCGAAAAUUGUUUCGUUAUGAAUCAAUAAAUAAUUGAUGAUUUAUCAACUAUCUUUUAAGAGUAUUAAUUUAUAUUAAUUUUAUUAGAAAAUUUUAAACAUUUUUUGAUCAAAAUCCUAAAAGCAUUUCUUCUACAGAUUAUGAUGAUAAUAUAAGGAAAAAAGUUAAAUUUAAUUAAGAUACAAUAAUUGCAGAAGAAACUCAAUUUAGUACAUAUUGA